GACCCAAAUGUUUGACAGAUACAAGCUAGGUCAAGGAAGAUCGGCUCAAAUAGAUUUAUUAUCUGACGACGAGGAGACAAACUUUUAUGGUGAAGAAGACAUCCGCGAGUUAUUUAAUAUUGAAAAAAAUAUUGUGAACAUGUUCUUGGAGCACUUGCAAUGCGGUUUCAUGAGCCAAAAUCAAAUUCUCGAGUCAUACCAGCAAGUCUAUUCUCAGUCUUUAGACUGGGAGAGUUUUGCAAGAACCUCGGAUACCACAUUUGAAGAGUUCAUUAUUGACACGUGGAAUUCAUUUGAAGUCUUAAUGUGCCCUAAAGACAAAGCAACCUGGAUCGGAGUGAAUUUACCGAAUUCUCCAAGGAUAGAUGUUACCCCCGAGGUUGCUACUGCCAAGGAGUCACCAUACAUUAAAGAUUUCAGUCGAGUCAUGUAUGAUGUCAAGGUGUGGAGUUCACAGCAUCAAGGUGAAGACGACGAAAAGGCGCAAAUGAGGAGCAGGGAGACGGAAAACUUUUUGUGGAAAUUGAGACACUUGGUAAUGGAUAAAACGAUUGUGAAUACAUGUUGUAUUAAAAUUAUGUAUAGAAGGUUGUAUGGAAGCAAGAUAAAAUGUAAAUCAUUAGAGAAGUUACUGGAGGAAUCUAUCAAUUGGAGAAAGAUAGGGGACCUAUAUAUGAUGAUAAAGAAAACAGAUCAGAAGUUCGGGGAAUUGAGGAGAAAGAGAGGAAAGCCAAUUCAGGAAUUCAAUAAUCUAAGUGAGUUACAAAGAGCAUGUUUAUCAAUUUUGAUGGGCGAAUACUUUGGAGACGUUUUGUACUAA